AUGGAAGAAGCUGUUAAGUUGUUGAAACUUGUCGAGGGAAGGAAGCUAAGUUGUGUGGAAGAAGGAUACUCUAUUGUCAUACACGCAUUGUGUGAACACCGAUUGGUAGAGGAAGCCAGCCACUUGUUUGGGAAGAUGCUCUCCCAGGGGAAUUUAGAUGAUGCAAAAAGGGUUUUUGAGAUUAUGAAUAAGAAGAGAUGCCUUCCAGAUAAUUUUACCAAUUUGUCAUUGAUCCUUGCUUAUGGUGAAGCUAGGAAUUGGGAAGAUGCUUAUGGCUUAUUGAUUGAGAUGUUAGGAUUGGGCUUAUCUCCACAUUUUCACACAUGUAGUUUAGUGGAUAAACUUUUGAGGGAUAAUGCAAAGUUGGAUUUGUUAUUCAAAUUGGAGUGGAAAUUGGACUCUCAGAUCUUGCAUAAGUUCUGUAAAGCAGGUGAACUAGGGGCUGCUUAUGAGAGGCUAAAAUCAAUGCUUGAAAAUGGUUUUUAUCCACCAGUCUAUGUCAAGGAUGCUUUUGAACAUGCAUAUAAAAAGAGUGGAAAAUUAAAGAUGGCUCGUGAAUUGCUAGAGAAGAUUGAAAAUGACAGCAAACCUGAUGAGACAGAAUUCAGAAGUUCCAAAUAA